AUGGUCAGCUUGGGCUUUCUUUAUGUCCUGGCGGUUGCUGUUACAGCGCUCGCCGCCCCGUCAUCGGCUUCCAACUCUCUCGUCUCGUCUCUUGAUGCACGAGCUCCAAAGGCCUGUACGAAUCCAGCAAACUUACUACAAAAUCCCAGUUUUGAGUCCAGCAAGAUAAGCCCAUGGAUCUAUCAUCCCUACUACCCGAAAGUCACCACCCAGAAGAUUGUGGAUGGAGGCUACAAGAGCAACCAUGCGCUACAGGUUACCGGUAAUGCCAAGCUGCAGAACGACCAGGCGUUCAGCCAAAUGAAGCAAAACUUCACGACCUGCAAGGUUGGCCGCUACCAGCUUUCAUGGUCCAUGUACCUUGCCAAAAACGCAGCACAAGGCAUUGAUUAUCGCGCUCCAGGGAUGAACAUUUGGGUUACAUGCCCAGGCGGUGCUGCCCAAGUUGCUUACUUUACCUUCCGACCCAAUGUGCUCGAGAGUUAUGUCUCAAACCCCAGGAAGAGCAGCAAACAGAAGGUCGACCAGUGGGUGAACACCGUAGUGGACUUGGGUACCCUCCAGGCGGGAAAUUGCACCUUGGAUGUGAACUGGAAUGUAAAUGGCCCUGUCAAAGGUGAUCCGGUUUCAACAUUGACUCUCAAACUUGACAACUUUGUCAUCAAGGCUCUGAGUUAG